CACACUCUCACGCCGGUUUCUCCGGCAUUUCUCCCCCCGGCGCCGGCCCCAUGGCUCCCCCCGCGCCCUCCCCAGCCCGCCGCCGCGGUGCGGGCGCUGCGGCGGCUGCUCCCGUUGUAAACCGCCCCUGAGCUGCAGCGCGGCCCCGGUGCUCGCCUCGCCGGGGCGUCCCGGCGGCAGCCCGCCUCGUCGUGCCGGGGCCGGGGCGCGGGGCGCGGGCUGCUGGCCUCGCUCUCCCCGGCUCCGGCCACGGCGAGCGAAGCCCACCCGCGUCCGCGGCCGGUACCGUGAGACGAGCCCGCGAGAGCCGGGCGCAUGCGCGGGGCUGGCGAGCCGUCGUCCCCGGGCGCCCAGCCCGCCGCUACCGGAGAGGAAGCGGGCGAGGACUCCCGGCGGGGCCCCGCCGCCGGCACCCCCAUGGGAUCAGAGCGGAUGGAGAUGCGCAAACGGCAGAUGUCUACGACCCAGGAGAACCCAGGCGCUGCACAAGCUCAGCACAGCGCAGGAAAUCGAGGGUCCAAUGCCUGCUGCUUUUGUUGGUGCUGUUGCUGCAGCUGCUCAUGUCUUACUGUUAGAAAUCAAGAUGAAGAGAGAACACGAACAUCUCAUGAACUCCAAGCAGAGAGUAUUCCAAACUGCGAGGAAAGUCCUGCUCCUACUCUUGAAGAAGUAAAUGCCUGGGCUCAAUCAUUUGACAAGUUGAUGCUUACUCCAGCUGGCAGAAAUGCUUUUCGUGAAUUUCUACGAACAGAAUUCAGCGAGGAAAACAUGCUUUUCUGGAUGGCCUGUGAGGAACUAAAACAAGAAUCCAACAAAAGUGUCAUUGAAGAAAAAGCAAGACUAAUUUAUGAAGAUUAUAUUUCUAUCCUUUCUCCAAAAGAGGUCAGUCUGGACUCCAGAGUAAGAGAAGUUAUUAACCGAAAUAUGCUGGAACCCUCACAACACACCUUUGAUGACGCACAGCUUCAAAUUUAUACCUUAAUGCACAGAGACUCCUACCCACGGUUUAUGAACUCUGCUAUUUAUAAGGACUUGCUUCGGUCCUUAUCUGAAAAAUCCAUUGAAGCAUAAGAUUUUUUCUUAAACAUAUUUAUUUUAAAACAAAUGGAACUCUGGGCUACACCAAUCCACAGGGAAUUCAGAAUUAAUCCAAUAUUUACCUGAAAAUAACUCAGGCAAGUUUUAUCACAGACUGAAUGAUUUAAACCUGCACAAGGCUCUGACACAAUCAGCUAACUACAGUUUCUGAUCAAAUUCAGUGUUACUUUACAAAAAAGAAUGAACAGAAAAUGUUGUUGUUCAAAAAAUGCAGUAUUUUUUCAAUGCAGCACGUAACUCAGCUGCAAAUCUGUUACAACGUAUGUCUGAGGUACAAAUGCCAACUGAGCAACAAAACCUAAAUUUUAAGUGGAGUGUUAGAAUUUUCCAGUUGCCCCAUUCACACUGUGACCAAAGU